CCGGAAGACAGUCGAGCGAUUCUGUUUAGCUUCAAGAGUGAUGGAACAAAUACAGUGAUUCACUUACUCAGCGUGUGUGUGUUUGUAAGCCAUGGCUCAGACUGAGAAGAAAGCCGGUCUGCUGAGGAGAACGUCUUCCUCGAAGAAACCACUGAAGGAGAAGGUGGUGCUGAUGUAUGAUGAGAUAUUCGUGAAAGAAGACCCGACCAAGAACAGUCCUCGCUUCUGGGAUGAGCUCUUCUUGAUGAAGGUCAAUCUGGAGUAUCUGGAAGGGAAGCUGGAGUCUCUGGAUGGAGAUGAGUUCAUGAAGAUCAAAGACAACAUCAACAGUUUGUUUCAUCACUGUGUUCAAGCUCUGGCAGAAGAACACCAGAUCAAAGUAGUCAAUGCUCUUCAGACUCUCUGUGCGCUGUUUAGAGGAGUUCACCAAAAAAACAAAUCCGCCACCGGCUUCGACAUCAUCAACAUGCUGAUAGGCUUCGACAAAGCCGAGCUCAGAAUGAAGGAGCUGAUGGAGAGUCUGGACAGUCUGCUGUGUGGAGACGGAUCCGAGAGCCUCAAGAGUUUGUGUCUAAAACUGCUGCUGUGUCUCGUCACUGUGACCGAUAAUAUUAGCCAGAACACCAUACUGGAGUAUGUGAUGAUCAACAGUAUAUUUGAGGCCAUUUUACAGAUCCUCUCGGAUGUUUCCAGUCGCUCCCAGCAUGGAUAUGAUGCUGUCGUCCUGUUAGCGCUACUGGUCAACUACAGGAAAUAUGAAUCUGUAAAUCCGUACAUCGUCAAAUUAUCAAUAGUGGAUGACGAGCCCACACUGGACGGAAUGGGAAUGGUCAUCCAUCACGCUCUUACUGAGUACAAUAGGCAGUAUAAAGAAAAAGAAGAGGAAAACCAGGGAGGCUUUUUCUCCACCCUUUCCAGCAUGGUGGGCAGUAUGUUCAUCGCUGAUGCAGAUGAGAAGCUGUCAGUGCAGACAAACGAGGCCAUUCUGCUGGCUCUGUACGAGGCUGUGCAUCUCAACAGAAACUUCAUCACAGUUCUCGCUCAGAGCCAUCCAGAGAUUGACAUGGCAGCUACACCCGCUACACCCGUCCCGGACUCUCCUACAACACCACUGGGCACAACACCACCCUCUCUGGACUUGAUGAAUAAUCCUGAGCUUCCCCUGGACCCAAACUUGCAGACGAGUAAUCUUCUUAUAACGUUCCUCAAAUAUUCCUCCAUCGUGAUGCAGGACACCAAAGAUGAACACAGACUCAACAGCGCCAGACUAUGCCUCAUCAUUCUGACCUGUAUAGCCGAGGACCAGUAUGCUGAUGCGUUUCUCCACGACGAUAACAUGAACUUCAGAGUCAACUUGCACAGAAUGCCCAUGAGACACCGAAAGAAAGCAGCGGAUAAAAACAUCCCCUGUCGACCUUUAGUGUGUGCUGUCCUGGAUUUGAUGGUGGAGUUUGUUGUAACUCAUAUGAUGAAGGAAUUUCCUAUGGAUCUCUACGUGCGCUGCGUUCAGAUCAUUCACAAGCUGAUCUGCUACCAGAAGAAGUGCAGGAUUAGACUGCACUACACGUGGAGAGAGCUCUGGUCAGCUCUCAUUAACCUUCUAAAGUUCCUGCUGUCUAAUGAGACCGGCCUUCUGGCAAAGCACAAUAUCUUCCAGCUGGCUCUUCAGGUGGUGAACCUCUUUAAUAUGUUCAUCACAUAUGGAGACACGUUCCUGCCGACCCCCAGCAGCUACGACGAGCUCUAUUAUGAGAUUAUACGCAUGCAUCAGGUGUUUGAUAACCUCUACUGCAUGGUGCUGAGAGUCUCCACCAACACGGGCCAAUGGAAAGAGCCUGCUAGUAAAGUUACUCACGCUCUCGUCAAUGUCAGAGCAAUUAUUAACCAUUUCAAUCCUAAGAUUGAGUCGUACGCUGCUGUGAACCACAUCUCACAGCUCUCAGAAGACCAGGUGCUGGAGGUGGUACGGUCCAACUACGAUACACUAACCUUAAAGCUGCAGGACGGUCUGGAUCAGUUCGAGCGUUACUCUGAGCAGCCCAGAGAGGCCGGCUUUUUCAAAGAGCUGGUGCGCUCCAUCAGUCUGAACGUGAGGAAGAACGUGUCUCUAACCACCAUGAGUCAGGACGUCCUGCUGAAGGAGUUCUCCUCCAUUUCCUGAAACCACAGCACACCCUCGGCCUGAUUUUAGGACCCUCCAUACUGAUACAUCUAUCGCUCCACACAUCUCAAUGUUACAGCAGACUUUUCCAGAGGACACAGCUGGAUUACUGAUGCGGUGUGUGAGGUUGGUUGCACUCAGAACAGACUCAGAAAAAACGAACACAAAAAAAACAGCAAUCAGCCAGACUUUGCACAAUGUGAAUUUUGAUUCUGGUAUUUUUAUUUCUUCUCUCUCUGGUGCAGUUUCUGUCGUGUAUUCUUCAUUGCCUUAGUACCAAACUGACGAAACCAAUGUCUUCUGUUCUUUAUAUGCCGCUUUCAUGUCCAGAUGUGUGAACGGAAACGAAAUAACGAAAAAAAAACUGAAAAAGAAAUGUCUAGGUCAUGCGUUCGUUACUAUGCAUGAGCGAAAUAAAGCUGUUACAUUUUAGGAUUUGAUUUCUGACCAGUUCUGAUUACUAUAAUGCCAAAUAUAAGAAUUCCCAUUACAACAGUGUAUGAAAAAAUCUCUUGCUCAUUACCGUAAUGUGUAGUCAUUUUUAUUUUGCUGACCUUUAAUAAUACAUUUUUAAUUUAAUAAAUUCAGAAUAGCAUGUUCUACUAUAAUGCUUACAUAGUGUAAUAAUUAAUAUUAAGUUUUUAUGCAUGUUGUGGUAAUUAUAAUUUGGUGUGAAAUUGUCGUAUUUCACCAUUCGUCAUUACCGUAAUUCACCAAAAAAUCUCAUUAUCAUCAUUCAGCAAUGACUAAUUUCUUCCCUUUUAGUUUAUUAAAAGCAUAAUAUAUGUAUACUUCUUUGAAUAUCACAUAUUUGUUUGUAUAUUUGGUGUAAUAAAUGCCUAAUUGUCCUCUCAUUACCGUAACGCACCAAAAUCUCGUUCUUAUUUCCAUAAUAAAGUAAUAAUCAAACAAAACUCACUCAAUAUAACACUUUUUUUCUGUAAUGCAGACCUACAAUUUGAAUUUGUUUUGUAUAUCACGGUAGUGAGCAUUUGAUGCGAAAUUUACUGAAUUUGAGAGAAAUGCCAAUGAUUUAGCUAUGCAAAGAAUCUAAAUGUUUCUUAAAUGGGGUUUAUUUUCAUUACACAUCAUGUGAAAUUAGUAAAAUUGAAGUAAAACAAAGUAAAAUUCUGAUUACUAAAAUAAAAGAAUUCUCAUUACAACAAUGUACGAAAAAACUGUCAUUACCGUAAUAUAUAGUCAUUUUUAUUUGACCUUUCUUUUAAAUAAUAUAAAUAACAAUAAAUUCAGAAUAGCAUGUUCUACCAUAAUGCUCACAUGAUAUUAUAAUUACUAUAAAAGUUUUUAUGUAUGUUGUGGUAAUUAUAAUUUGGUGUGAAAUUGUCGUAUUUCACCAUUCGUCAUUACCGUAAUUCACCAAAAUUCUCAUUAUCGUUAUUCAGCAAUGACUAAUUUCUUCCCUUUUAGUUUAUUAAAAGCAUAAUAUAUGUAUACUUCUUUGAAUAUCACAUAUUUGUUUGUAUAUUUGGUGUAAUAAAUGCCUAAUUGUCCUCUCAUUACCGUAACGCACCAAAAUCUCGUUCUUAUUUCCAUAAUAAAGUAAUAAUAAUCAAACAAAACUCACUCAAUACAACACUUUUCUGUAAUGCAGACCUACAAUUUGAAUUGAAUUUGUUUUGUAUAUCACGGUAGUGAGCAUCUGAUGCGAAAUGUACUGAAUUUGAGAGAAAUGUCAAUGAUUUAGCUAUGCAAAGAAUCGAAAUGUUUCUUAAAUGGGGUUUAUUUUCAUUACACAUCAUGUGAAAUUAGUAAAAUUGAAGUAAAACAAAGUAAAAUUCUGAUUACUAAAAUAAAAGAAUUCUCAUUACAACAAUGUACGAAAAAACUGUCAUUACCGUAAUACAGUGUUUCCCAACCCUGAUCCUGAAGGCACACCAACAGUACACAUUUUCAACCUCUCCCUAAUCAAACACACCUGAAUCAACUCAUCAGAACAUUAGAAAAGACCCCAAAACCUGACACGAAUGGGUCAGAUAAGGGAGACAUACAAAAUAUGUACUGUUGGUGUGCCUCCAGGAACAGGGUUGGGAAACACUGCCGUAAUAUAUAGUCAUUUUUAUUUGACCUUUCUUUUAAAUAAUAUAAAUAACAAUAUAUUCAGAAUAGCAUGUUCUACCAUAAUGCUCACAUGAUAUUAUAAUUACUAUAAAAGUUUUUAUGUAUAUUGUGGUAAUUAUAACUUGGUGUGAAGUUGUCGUAUUUCACCAUUCGUCAUUACCGUAAUUCACCAAAAUUCUCAUUAUCAUCAUUCAGCAAUGACUAAUUUCUUCCCUUUUAGUUUAUUAAAAACGUAAAAGAGGUAUACUACUAUGAAUAUUACAUAUUUGUAUAUUUGGUGUAAUAAUUGCUUCAUUGUCCUCUCAUUACCGUAAUGCACCAAAAUGUCAUUCGUAUUAUAUAUAUAAUUUAUUUAUUUAUUAUUGUAUAUCACGGUAGUGAGCAUUUAGUGCGAAGUUGACUGAAUUUGGAAAAACGUUAAUGAUAUAACUAAGCAAAGAAUCUAAAUGUUUCUAAAAUGGGGUUUAUUUUCAUCACACAUCCUGUGGAUUUAGUCAAAUUGAGUAAAAUUUGCUAAAUGCUUAAUAACAUAGUAAUAUCACAAUGUAAUAAAAUAAUAGUUGUCCAAAAAUGGGUUUAUUUUCACUUAUUUGUAGUUUGUAUAAUAGUUUCAUGUUUAAAAAUGCACAUCUUUAUCAGUUAAGUACCCGGUGUUGAUCAUUUUUCUGCAGUAAAUUCAGCACAACAUACUAAAUUAACACAAAGCUGUUUUAUUUCUUAUGUUUUUGGAAGGUUGUGGUAAUGAUGAUUUGACCUUAUCUGCCUUCGCAUUACACUAAUGCACCACAGUCUCUAAUAAUGGAAAUCUUUCUGCUCCUUUCUAUUAAAAUGCAUGCUUAAUGUAAAAUAUGGUCAUUGUUGUAUAUUAUAGUAAUGGGAAUUUCAUUAAUAACUUACCUAAAAUUGUCAUCUUUCAAAAAAUGAUUGUGCUUAAUUUUUUAAAAGUGAAAUCUAAAUGCUUUAUAAAAUGUGACCUGGACAUUUCACGACAGUUUUCAAGAGAUUCACCAUCAAGAAUGAAUGCAUACAUUUUUAUUAUUAUUUUAAAAUCUGACAGUCUCUGAAUCUUCAGUAUUUCUCAGUAUUGAAAGAGCUUCCAGUGUGCUAUCAUGACGAGAAAUGAAGCUGCAGUGUAAAUACGGCAGCAUGUGGGCUCGUGUAACACUGGGUAGAGAAAGAAACCACUGUAUUAACAAGCCAAUGAAAGCUAGUUUGUAUGAGACCAGUUUUGAUUUUCGACCGUUAUACCCAAACCAGUUCUGCCACUAAUUCAUCUCAAACCAACUUAUAUCUGAAUAAAACGAACACAUUUCAA